CUCUGUUUAUUUUAAAUGGCUCUAUAUUUGUUUAGAUAGUUUUACUGCAAAAUAUAACAAAACACAGAGAAGAAAAAAUAGAGCAGGAGCCAUAUUAGAGUAUUUGGUGUGAUCCCUUUUCCAUGUGUAAGUAGGUUGUAAUAAUUUCAGUGAUGUAAAUCCAGCAACACCAAAGGUUAGUGAAAAAAGGACGAAUGCAGCUUGGAUAGACUGAACUGCACAAAUAGAGCAAGGUUUGUGCACACACAUGUACAGAGAUGAAGUUAUUCUAUUAUAUUGCUUUAGAUGGUGCUGUUGCCUAAGCACAUUGUUGGUGUGUUUUUUAAACCGUCUCCACCCGUCUCUGACAAGGAAAAAAGACGAAGAUGGUGCCUUUUUACGCUCUCGGAUUGGGAUUGAGUGGUGGCUUUGUUUGUUUGUGAACGCUUUAAAGAAAAAAUCGAAGGUGUAUUUUGAGACAACUGAAUUGCUUUUGGUUAUAUUUCUUCAAAAUGGGUUAUCUGAUGCGCAGAGGCCCUCCGCUGAUUUUGAGAAUAUCCAUUUUGCCUUUCUGCCUCCUUGCUGCGGUGAGCGGCCAAAUUCGCUAUUCUAUACCGGAGGAAAUGAGGAAAGGACUGUUUGUUGGAGACGUUGCAAAGGACCUAGGCUUGGAUAUUAGAAGGUUGGUGUCCGGUCGAGCUCGACUCGUUAUAGAUGGUGAGCAUCAAUAUGUCGCGCUGAACCAGAACAAAGGGCACAUCGUUGUCAACGAGAGGAUUGACAGAGAAAGCCUGUGCGCAAAAAAAUCACCGUGCAGCUUUACUCUAGAAAUUGUUCUCGAAGAUCCACUCGAGUUGUUUUCUAUCACAAUUGAAAUACAAGACGUGAACGAUCACGCUCCUGUUUUUCCAGAAAAUGAAAUAAAUUUAGAAAUUAGUGAAUCGACGCCCACCGGCACCGUUUUUCUCCUCGACAGCGCGGCUGAUCCUGACGUGGGGAUAAACUCGCUGCAAAGAUAUUCUUUAAAGGAAAACGAACAUUUUGUUCUUAAGCAACAUAUUCGAGCCGAUGGCAGUAAAUACCCUGAAAUGAUGCUUCAAAGUAAUUUGGACCGUGAGAAAGAAAGCAAACAUACGCUGAUAUUGACGGCGGCUGAUGGUGGGGAGCCGCAAAAAUCAGGAACCGUAAAGAUUCUCGUGUCUGUUUUAGAUGCUAACGACAACGCGCCGAUUUUCACGCAGACAUCAUAUAAAGCCUCCGUUUUGGAAAAUGUUUUACCGGGUACAGUUGUAACGAAAGUCAGUGCGGAAGACGCCGAUCAAGGUUAUAAUGGCAACGUCACAUAUUUCUUCACCCACCAAAAGGAUGAUUCCUCGUGUCCUUUUGAGAUUAAUCCAAACAGUGGGGAGAUUAAACGUACUGCUAAGCUCGAUUAUGAGAGUUAUCCAAAUUAUGAAAUAAAUCUUCAAGCCAAAGACCCAUGGGGGGUAGCAGGUGCAAGCAAAUUAUUAAUUGAGGUAGCAGAUGUAAAUGACAACAGCCCCAUCAUCACAAUGGCUUCAUACUCAGGGAAGAUUUCUGAAGAUUCACCCCUUGGUACAGUGGUGGCUUUGAUUAGUGUCCAAGAUAAGGAUUCGGGGAAAAAUGGCCAGGUGCGAUUAACUUUAGAGGAAAAUCUACCAUUUAAUAUUAAAUUUUCCCUAAGAAAUUAUUACACUCUGGUGACAGAUCAAAUCCUCGACCGAGAAAAGCAUUCUAAAUACAACAUCACUCUGUCUGCCACGGAUGAGGGCAUCCCUCCCUUAUCUAGCAAAAAGGUUUUAGGUCUAGAAGUCACAGAUGUUAAUGACAACGCACCAGCAUUUACCAAGGGUAUUUAUAACACUGAGAUUGUGGAGAAUAACCCUCCAGGAGUUUCUCUGUUGCAGAUUUAUGCAACAGAUCCUGACCUCGGUCAGAAUGCGCGUAUAUCGUAUUAUCUUAUUGACAGUGGAAUUAAUGGAAAUCCAGUUUCUAAAUAUUUUUCAAUUAUUACAGAAAGUGGAGUAAUUCCGUUGUUGCAUUCUUUUGACUAUGAACAACUCAAGGAGUAUAGAAUACGUGUACAAGCACAGGAUGGAGGCUCUCCUCCACUUCGCAGUAACGCAACAGUUAUCAUAGGCAUCCAGGACCAGAACGACAACCCCCCUCAGGUUCUGUACCCGGUCCAGACUGGUGGCUCUGUGGUAGCUGAAAUGGUUCCUCGUUCAGCAGAUGUGGGCUACCUGGUGACUAAAGUGGUGGCUGUAGAUGUGGACUCUGGACAGAACGCCUGGCUCUCCUAUAAACUGCAGAAAGCCACAGACAGGGCGCUGUUUGAAGUGGGCUCACAGAAUGGAGAAAUAAGAACAAUCUGUCAGGUGACCGAUAAAGAUGCUGUGAAACAGAGACUGACUGUGAUAGUGGAGGACAACGGGCAGCCCUCUCGUUCAGCUACAGUCAUUGUUAACGUGGCGGUGGCGGACAGCUUCCCUGAAGUGCUGUCCGAGUUCGCUGACUUUUCUCAUGAUAAGGAGUACAAUGACAACCUGACUUUUUACCUGGUCUUGGCUCUGGCUGUGGUCUCCUUCCUCUUCAUCACGUGUUGAUUAAAAAUCAUCUAUGAACAACAGUAACAGGUGAGUGGUUAAGUCAUCUUGGGGUUCUGAGCUUUGGGUCCUGAUGGGCAAAUGUACUAGAAAUUAAUGAGUUUGACAGACGGUUUGGUUCCCGUCACAAUAAAAGCAAAAUAAUGCUGCUUUAGAAGAGCAAAAUGUACAGUAGUCACCCACAUGGAACUUUGUGUUUGAGAAAGUGAGAUCGUUUGAACUGAAAGUAUUCGUACAAAACUAAAAUGGUUUAUAAAAUUAAUAAAAUGCUGUAUUUAUUCA